UCUACAUAUCUUAAAACCAUUUGAGUGGCCAAAUGCUUUUCACAGUGAUGCAAUGCGGAUUGAAUAUUUCCUCCGGUUAUUAACGGUAGUUAAAAUUGGCUGUGAGUCUCUUGUGCUCAGCCUGCUGGCAGUUAGUUGGCUACAACUUUUACGCAGAACCCCAGUUAGAGGAUAUGACCCCUGCCUGCCUGGCCAGUAGAGGCCUGCAUCCACUCUCACGCAUAAACUUCAUUAAUAUUCUCAGAUGAAAUUUACAACAUCAGAAUCAGCAUCUUGAGUGCUGGCUGUAAAUUAUAUGAGUGCAGCUUGUCCCGUGAAGUCAGCGGGGCCUUCUCAGGUUUCCACACGUCUAGCUAUAGGCCUCGGCACACAUGGUAGCAUCCUCAUUUGUUCACCUAAAAAUAGAUCCAGACUACUAGACACAUUUUUUCGAAACCCAUGCAUCUUGGUACCUGAUACUGAAACUCAAAUCUCUGUAAAUGGUGUUGCUCAAGGCUAUAUAAGCGUGAGGAGACGUUGCAACAGCAUUCACUCGAGUCAGCCUUGGUUUUCACUCGCCUCAACGCAGCCCAAAGAAUAAAAAAUGGCCUUCGCUGGUGUCCUCAAUGAUGGUGAAGUCAAAGCCGCCCUGGACGGCUGCGCAGCUGCCGACUCCUUCGACCACAAGAAGUUCUUCAAGGCCUGCGGCAUGUCCGGCAAGUCCGCCGAUGAGGUGAAGAAGGCCUUCGCCAUCAUUGACCAGGACAACAGUGGCUUCAUUGAGGAGGAGGAGCUGAAGCUGUUCCUGCAGAACUUCUCUGCUGGUGCCAGAGCACUCACUGACAAGGAGACCAAGGCUUUCCUCGCCGCUGGAGACAGCGAUGGUGAUGGCAAGAUUGGAGUUGAUGAGUUCGCUGCCAUGGUAAAGGCAUAAAUUUCCAUUGACCAAGAUCCACUUCUUUUUCAUGGAACCGCGAACUCCUUGCAAGAUUCCUUAAUCAUCAGCUGAAAGAAUAUUUUUUAUACCUUAUUUAUGAGUUGCCUGCAAUUAUUUCUCAACAUGGUACACAUAUUAUACUGUGAAUGUUAACUCAGUUGUGUUAAAUGUUUUGGAAAAAUGACUUGUGCAAACUGUACAACACCAUCUGCACUUUUGAGGAAGAGUGAAAAACCAGGAAUAAAUACUCUUUUGGUUUA